GGAGGAGGGUGCCCUCCAUUGGAGAACCGACAGCAGGGUUCUAGCAGAAGCAGCACUGAAAUUCUAGCGACCAGCUACAAAUCAUGUAGGCGCCAUGGAGACUGCUAUGUGCGUCUGUUCGCCAUGCUGUACAUGGGAAAGAUGCUGCCCUCAGUCGUGUUCCUGUCUCUGCUGCAAGUUCAUCUUCACCUCGGAGCGGAACUGCACCUGCUUCCCCUGCCCUUACAAGGAUGAGCGUAACUGCCAGUGUUGCCACUGCACCUGUGCCGAGAACCCCAACUGCCACUGGUGCUGCUGCUCCUGGGCCAACGACCCCAACUGCAAGUACUGCUGCACGGCCAGCAGCAACAUCAAGUGCUACUACUACGAAAGCCGCUGCUGCCGCAAUGCCACCUUCACCUUCCGCAGGGGUCGCCUCCGAACCAUCCACACCGCCUCCAAGAUUGCCCUGCGCUUGGGCAGCAGUGACACUCAAGUAGAGGAAGUGAAGACUACUCAGGUGAGCAGUCACCUGAUAGACCACCUCGCCUGUCCCCUGUGCAACCGGCUGCGUCUGCACUCCUUCAUGCUGCCCUGCCACCACAGCCUGUGCGAGAAGUGCCUGCGGCACUUGCAAAAGAAUGCCGAGGUCACCGAAAACUUCUUCAUCCUCAUCUGCCCAGUGUGCGACCGCUCGCACUGCAUGCCCUAUAGCGACAAAAUGCACCUGCCGGAGAACUACCUGCGCGGGCGCCUCACCAAGCGCUACAUGCAGCAGCAUGGCUACCUCAAGUGGCGCUUCGACCGCUCCUCGGGUCCCAUCCUCUGCCAGGUCUGCCGCAGCCAGCGCAUCGCCUACAAGCGCUGUGUCACCUGCCGCCUCAACCUGUGCAACGACUGCCUCAAGACCUUCCACUCGGACGUGGCCAUGCAGGACCACGUCUUCGUGGACACCAGCGCUGAGGACCAGGAUGAGAAGAUUUGCAUCCACCACCCGUCCAGUCGCAUCAGUGAAUACUGCCGCAAUGACAACGAGCUGCUUUGCACCUUCUGCAAGGUCGCUUUCCACAAUGGCCAUGAGACGGUCAGCCUCAUAGACGCCUGCUCCGAGAGGGCUUCCGCUCUCUUUAGCGCCAUUGCCAAGUUCAAAGCAGUCCGAUAUGAAAUUGAUAAUGACCUGAUGGAAUUCAACAUUUUAAAAAACAGCUUUAAAGCCGACAAGGAAGCCAAGCGAAAGGAGAUCAGAAAUGGAUUUCUCAAAUUGCGUAGCAUUCUUCAAGAGAAAGAGAAAAAGAUCAUGGAGCAGAUAGAGAAUCUAGAAGUGUCCAGGCAGAAGGAGAUUGAGAAGUACGUAUAUGUCACAACCAUGAAAGUGAACCAAAUGGAUGGUCUGAUUGCCUACUCCAAGGAAGCCCUGAAGGAGACAGGCCAAGUGGCGUUCCUGCAGUCUGCCAAGAUCCUGGUGGACCAGAUCGAGGAUGGUAUUCAGAGCACCUACAAGCCUGACCCUCAGCUACGGCUGCAUUCAUUGCACUGUAUACCCUUGGACUUUGCCGAGCUCUCCAGCGCCAUCCAUGAGCUCUUCCCCAUGGGUCCCAAGAAAGCAAGCUCGUCUUCGGGGGACUUGCAGCCUGCCCCCUAUCCCGGGCACUCAGAAAUGAUGAUUGCCAGAAAAGUCACUUUCAGCACCCACAGCUUUGGCAAUCAGCAGAUAUAUCGGCGAAGUUCCUCCUUAUUGUCCGUCAAUACCACCGAGAAGGCCAAGAUGGGUCUGGAGGCCUAUGGGAGAGCCCAGUCAGCUGCACUUGCAAAACCCACGGAUGACUUCUAUACCUACUGGAGUGCUACAGUGGAAAACCAGCCCACACAGAAUAGCAGCAGCUUCCACAACUGGUACUCGUUCAAUGAUGGCUCUGUGAAGAUCCCAGGCCCAAUUGUCAUUUACCAGACUCUGGUAUAUCCAAGAGCUGCCAAGAUUUACUGGACAUGCCCAACAGAAGAUGUGGACUGUUUUGAGAUGGAAUUCUAUGAGCUGGUUUCUACCUCUCCUAACAAUGUGAGGACAGAGCUCUGCGGACAAAUUCGGGACAUAAUGCAGCAGAAUCUAGAGCUACACAACCUGACCCCCAAUACGGAAUAUCUGUUUAAAGUUAGAGCCAUCAAUGAAAAUGGUCCUGGGCAGUGGAGUGACGUCUGUAAGGUGGUCACACCAGAUGGCCGUGGGAAGAACCGAGCUAAGUGGGGCCUGCUGAAGAGUAUCCAGUCAACCCUUCAGAAGCGCUUCUGAGCCCCAUCAG